AUGACUUCCAGAACCGUAUCCCCGAUUAAAAUUGUCAAUAACCAAAUAAUCAGUAAAAAUAAUGAUGACAAAAACAAAAAUAAAAAUAAACGUAACUUAUCGACAUCGUCCACUCCACCGCAAUCUCCAUCCUAUACAGCCGCCAUUAAGAAAGCGAAAUCGUUCGUCACGCCAAACAGGUUUAGCGUUCUAUCUGUAGACGAGUCCACUAUCGAAAACCUCGACGUCAUAUCUGAUAAUCAAAACGAGAAGCAACUGAAUACCACCAACAAUACACCAAAAACAAUUUUGCCUCCACCCAUUUUCAUUAAAGGGGUACUUAACUACAUGGGGUUGCUAAACCAAUUUAAACACACUAUCGGUCCAAACACCUUCUCGUGUAAAUCGACACCAACUCAUCUAAAAGUCCAAACUGAUACCCCAGACAAUUACAGAAAAAUCAUUCACUUAUUGAAAGAAAUCAAUGCACAGUACCACACUUACCAGCUCCAAUCCGACAAACCUCUAAGAGCAGUCAUAAGGAACCUACAUCCAUCAACUCCAGAAUCUGAUAUAACAACAGCUCUAGAAGAAAUAGGUUUCACGGUGAGAAAUGUCACCAAUGUUAAACACCACCAAACCAAAACUUCGCUGCCCAUGUUCUUUAUUGACAUAGACCCUAAUGGAGAAAACGUUACCGAUAUCUUCUCUAUUACUUCUAUUUUGCAUACAAAAGUAAAAAUAGAAGAGCCCCACAAAAAACGUCAGAUACCACAAUGCCAAAACUGUCAAAGCUACGGACACACACGCUCAUACUGCGCUUACCCACCUAUAUGUGUCAAAUGUGGAGAAAACCACCUUUCAUCAUCGUGCACAAAAUCUCCCGAUCUACCAGCAAAAUGCGGCCUCUGUCAAGGUGCACACCCAGCCAACUACAAGGNCUCAAGCAAGAAAGCCCAGCAGCCACCGCCUCAUAAUCUCAACCUCAACAUCAACACCAAUCCUGAGUAUCAACAGCAACAAUCAGGCUCCGAAAACACACCCAGGUCACGUACGUAUGCUAAUGUAACUGAGGGUCACCAGUCCACAAACUCUAACACCUCCACAAACAACAAUGAAUCCUCACUUCUAAAAUUCCUUGACGAGUUCAAAUCUAUAAUAAACCCUCUUAUCUCUCUCCUCACCACCGUCCUCUCAAAUCUCAUUAACACCAAAAAUGUCAAAUAAUAACGCAACAUCUCACUCUCUCCUCAUCCUAAAUUGGAACGCUAAUGGUCUAGCAAAACACAAAGACGAACUCUUAGCCUUACUACAAAAUAACAGAAUCGACAUCGCACUCAUAUCAGAAACUCACUUCAUCAAUUCAACACACUUCUACCUUCCUGGGUUCCAAAUCUUCAAAACCAACCACCCUGAUGGCACCGCACACGCGGGAGCCGCCAUCAUAGUAAAAUCUUCCCUACUAUUCUUUCCUCUCCCGCAAUUCCAAACGGACCACAUUCAAGCCAGUGGCAUACAAAUAACACUUAACAACACCCCUCUAAAUAUAUUUGCAGUAUAUAGUCCACCACGCCACACAAUAACCUUAAACCAAUUCAACGACUUCUUCCUUACUCUUGGUCAUAAAUUUAUAAUAGGAGGUGAUCUAAAUGCUAAAAACUUACAAUGGGGCUGUCGCGUAAACAAUCCCCGUGGUAACCUACUUCAUCUCACAACACAAAAUCGUAACUACAAAGUACACUCUCCCCCAUCCCCGACAUACUGGCCCACUUCACCCAGAAAAAGGCCAGACAUUUUGGACAUAUUUAUAUCUAAAAUUCCCAAUAGUUUCCACAGCCUAACAACUAAUCUCAACGACCUCUAUUCUGACCAUUCAGCCAUCCUCCUAACAAUUGACUCUGCCCCUCUUGCUAAACCAAAACAACCAAGCCUCAUCCUAGGCCAAAUGGACUGGCUAAAAUUCAAAUCUUCCCUUGAUAAUCAAUGUAACCUCAAAAUCAGCUUAAAAUCUCCAAACGAUAUCGAUGAAGCCGUACACCUCCUAACCAAGUCUAUACAAGAAGCUGCUUGGUCCUCCUCCUCCCCAAUGCCAAAUACAAACUCCUCCAUAAAUCUUCCCCUACAUAUAAGAAUACUAAUCUCAGACAAACGGAGAGCGCGUGCAACUUGGCAGAGAACCAAAUAUCCCUCGGACAAACGCAAACUUAACAAUUUAACAAAUAAACUUAAAAGACUUAGCCUCUAUUAG